AUGACGCGAUAUCAAAUUAUUUUCUUUAUUCUAUUUACUUUUUCUAAUUCGAUUAUACAAUUACAAUCUGAACAUUUGAAAAAUAACAACUGUCCACACCUGUUUAAAACAUUGAGUGAUUGCACUUGUGUUCAGACAAAUACAAUUGAUUGUAGUUAUUCAACAACAAUUACCCAUUUACCACGUUCAUGGACUUCAACAAAUCAUAACUUAACAUUAUUUACACAAUCGAUACUACGCUUUGAUCUUCUCCAUACACCAUCAAUUACAUCAAUAAAAACAAACGAUUUUCAAGGUCUUUAUAAUCUUCGAGAUCUAUCAAUAAUCAAUACUGGACUUAUUACAAUUCAACCACAUGCAUUUCGUCAUCUUCAUCGUUUACAUGAACUUCGUAUUGAAUUAAAUCGAAAUUUAAUUGAAUUAAAAUCAUUUGCAUUAAGUGAUAUUGAAUAUGUACAUCGUAUAUCAUUGAAAUCAAAUUCAAUACGUGUUAUACAUACAGAAGUAUUUCGUAAUACACAUUUUGUUGAUAUAUUAGAUCUAAGUGACAAUCCGUUAGAGAUUAUUGAAUCCUAUGCUUUUAAUGGUCUUAAAUCAGUUGGUACUUUAAUCUUAUGUUUAUUACCCACAUGUCCAAUAAAACAAAUUGAUUCAUUCGCUUUUUUUUGGAUUUCAUACAUGUGA